CGCCGACAGACGCAUUCGGGACAGUGAGGAGCACGGCCAUCAGUCUUUCGGAAGCACAAGAACCGUGAAGUUUGGAAGUUCUCCGCGUCUGGCGGUGUUCCAGAAUAACUAUGGGCACACGGAUGCUGAAGAUUUUUAAACGCAGUCUUCGGCAGUACGCUGAGCAUUGGAUAAGCAGGUUGCGUUUUGCUGGCGCCCAGUCCCGAGAAGAAUGGCUCCGAGUGAUUCAGUUGAUAGAGAGAGAAUGUGUAACGUUUAGCGAGUACAUCGCCUGGCUGGGAUCACACGGAACUGAAACCAUCAACUGCAUAGCAAGAGAAUUUGUUCAGAUCAUAAAUGAUUACGACGAAGACAACGGACGUCUGUUUAAUACUCCUGACGACUUAACAACCCAUAAGCACAUCUGUCGCAGUAUGUUGGCAGCUAUGUUGUCCCCUAAUAUAACGGAUUGGAAUAUCGGCCUUGCAACGUCAGCAUUAAUGAAAGAGCUCAUGAUAUUGUCAUUCCCAAGACUCCCGAAUAUUACAUGCCUAAGGGUAGCGCCAGAUACACUCAAUGAAUGUUCCUCGUUGUUUACAAAUAAUAUCCGGACGUUAAAACAUUUGCAAGAAUUCUAUUUCCCAUUCGGAUGCUCCACGCAGGUAUUGGCAGAAUUGGGGAAACAUUGCAACCAACUCAGGAGGCUUUCUGUAAUGUCAUCUAAAUAUGUGGACGACGACAGCAUAACCCACUUGCUGAAACUCACUAAGUUGGUAUUUCUGAACGUUGACGACACUGCCAUUAGUCCCAAAUGUUACGGCACGAUAAUCUGUAGCUUGCCAGAUCUUGGGAAUAUCACUUGGACAAGCCCUGUGGAUGAUGUUCUGUUGAGCAUCACCAAGGAGGGCCUUCCUUCAGUGAAAUCACUGAAUGUAAGUGUGCGAAGUGUGCUCAUUGUGGUCCUCAAAUGUCCGUUCGUCACGCACUUAUCACUACUCGGAGCCAAAGAUAGCUUAUUGAGCCUUAGGGAACUUGUUGCUGUGGCAGUGUUGACACUUGUGAGCUGCGACUUCGACGCUGUUAACUUGGCCGCCGUCUUGCAAGGUAUUGGCCCCAAGCUCAGAGAGCUAUAUUUGAGUAAAGUCACUAAUGUGAGAAUUCAGUAUUUGUUAAAGUUUUGCGAUUCCCUCGAGACACUCUUCAUCGACUGCUGUGAAUUUAUUCCUUCAGAAAUUCGCCACUUCGAUCAUGAAUUGCCACAUUUCCGAAGCCUCUCGUCUCUAGAACUGAGAGCAAACCGGUGGUAUGGAAAAAUGCAUUCUUUUUUGUUGUACUAUGUUAAUUUGAAAGUGUUAACUGCGAGAUGCACCCCGGAGAUAGACGACAGGACUAUAAUGUCUGUUCUCCAAUACAAAGGAUUUCGGCGGCUCAAGAAAUUCUCGGCGAUUAAUUGUGGACCACUGAGUAUGAUCUCCGCCUCUUUACUCAUAAAGGAGUGUGCCAAUCUGAACUGUCUCAAAGGUGUCGGAACUUGGUCUGGAGUUACUGAGGAAGACAUAGUCAAUCUGAUGCGCAUGACGAGGUACGGUAGGGUCCCAAUUACUAUAGUUCUAUAGGCAUCCCUGACAGUAAUACCUAAAGAGGUGCUGUAAUAUUAACGUCGUUUUGUAUCUUGUGAUUUAAAAAUUUGUUUCAAAUUGUGUUGCUACAUUUACAUCUCAGUACACAUGACAAACUGGAAGACACUUGAGUAGCAGAAUACAACACGUUUUACAAUAAUAAUAAUUUGAUCUCAUUUUGAAGAUAGUAUCUAUGUAUUCAACAAAUAUUUUAAGAUAAUUUUAUGUUAAUAAAUGAGACUGAAAUGAAACUAA